AUGGCUUCGCAGGAGGCAGACGGGCGGAGCGCAUCUCCUCUCCCCCCCGACGACCCGGCAGGGUUCCUCGACGACCCACGCUUCCACCAGACCUUCACCCUGCCCGCCGGCCCCGACCGGCCGAACCCGUUCCAGGUGACGUACUGCGACUACGGCUACCGGGACCCGGAAAAUCCGGAGCGCGAGCAUGUCCUGCUGAUCUGCGGGCCUCUCAUGGGCAGCCGCUUUCUCCACGUCGUCAAGGACGCCCUCGCCAAGCAACACCACGUACGGGUCAUCAACCCGGACAGGCCGGGGUUCGGCGGGACGACGCCCGUCCCCGCGGCAGACCGCGUCCGCAUCUGGCUCGAGAUUGUGCCAGCCCUCCUGCACCACCUCGGCGUCCGCCAUGUCUCGAUCGUCGCGCAUAGCGGCGGCACCAUUUACGCGCUCAACAUCCUGCUGCACCAGCGCCACCUCCUCUCCCCCACGCACCCGUACAUUGCGCUCGCGGCGCCCUGGGUCCACCCGUCGCACUCGGGCGUCGCGACCAUGCGGGCCGCCGCGGCGCUGCCCGACGCCGUGCUGGGUCGGUUCCACACGCUCACCGGCUUCUUCCAGCGGAACGUCGCACCUGUGACCGCGUUCAGCGGUGUCGGCAUCCGCGCCGUCAGCGAUUUGCUACCGUCGAUAUGGGGAGCAAACCCCGCCCCGGCGGCGGCCACCGCGGCGUCGGGGGUUGACUCGCGCUUGGCGGCGUUCGAGCAGGCCAUCUGGAAGCGCGUCAUCGACAAGGUGUUUGCGGGGAGCGUGCAGGGCCUCAGCGAGGAAGCCGUCCUGCUGCUGAAGCGGGCGGAGCACCCCGGGUACUGGGGCUCGUGGGAGGACCACGACCAACUCGUCACGCUGCUGGCCGAGAAGGAGGCGGAGUUGGGCGCCGGCGGCCCGCCGGCGGACGGCGCGAGGUUGAAGGUCGACGUGUACUUUGCGGAGGAGGACCACAUGAUCGGGACCAGGGAGGGGCCCAGGUGGUUCGAGGACUGCUGGCGGGCCGAGCGACGCGGCGACCGCAUCGACUUUUCGAGCUGCGUCGUCUCCGGGGCCGACCACGACACCAUUGUAGACUUGGAGUUCGACGUGUUUGAGAGGAUCUUCCGCCAGGUGGGUUGGAUGGACGAGAGCGGCGGCGGCCCGCCUUCGUCCGAUGCGGGACCGGAUCCCAAGGGAGGAGGAGAGGCUCCGGUUGCUUGA